AUUAUUUGUCUUUGGAUAAUCAGUUUGAGACACUUCAGUCAGCUUUUAGGGUACAUCACUACACUGGAACAGCGCUUAUAAAGCUGUCCAUCAUGGCGUACCAGGCUGGGAUUCCUCAGGAGCCCAGUGCUUUGGUUAACAGCAUCAGCUCCAACAUCCAGAAGAUUACACUGCUGACCUCUGAGCUGCAAAGAGCCGUCUCCCUGCUGGGCUCCGAUCAGGACAGCAGCCAGUUAAGAAACACACUGCAACAGAAACAGCAGCAAGGCAACCAGUUAGCAAAGGAGACCGACAGACUGAUAAAGGCUUUCAGUGCACUACCUGUUGGCCCUGAUCAGCGACAAAGAAAGAUACAGAAGGAGCGUCUGUUGAAUGAGUUUUCCAUCGCCCUGAACAGCUUCCAAAAAAUCCAGCGGCAGGCGGCUGACAAAGAGAGAGAGUUUGUGGCCAGAGUGAGAGCCAGCUCCAGGGUGUCUGGAGGACAGCCUGAUGACAGCUUUGGACAUGUUUCUCCUUUCCCUAGUGACUCUCAGGUGCAGGCUCAGUCUGAGGCCAUUACUGAAGAAGACCUGAGGCUGAUCCAGGAGAGAGAGACGGCCAUCAGACAGCUGGAGUCUGACAUCACAGAUAUCAAUGACAUCUUCAAGGAUCUGGGGAUGAUGGUUCACGAGCAGGGAGACAUGAUAGACAGUAUAGAAGCCAAUGUGGAGAAAGCAGAUGUGAAUGUCCAGAGCGCCACACAGCAGCUGGCACGUGCUGCAGAGUACCAGCGGAGCUCCAGGAAGAAGAUAUGCAUCCUGAUGAUAGUGCUGGCUGUGGUUGCUGUUAUUAUUGGACUCAUCAUCUGGGGUGCUCUAAGAAACUGAUUCUCCUUCUUCCUCUCCACCUCCAUGUUCUUUCCUGUUCAACCAUCAGCCUGGAUACAAAGGGUGAAGCAUCGUCCUUCCUCCCCUCAUCCUCCUCCUUUUUUCACCCCACUCACCGGGAAGUCAUUAGGACUGUUUGUCUUUCUUUGACUUCGUAAUACUUUUUAUGAAAUGACAGCACACUCCUUAACUGUGAUAACAAAUCUAGCGCUGGUAGCUUUGUUGUUUCAAUCAUCUCUAUUUCUUUUACUUUGAGUCAUAAAUGACAAUGCGAUACACAAUGCUGCCUUUAUAUAUAUUGAUCUUGUAAUUUUAGUUUUCGACUUCGUGUUAAAGGUACUCAUGGAUCAUUCGGAGGCAUACUUGUGUAGACCUCCAGUUGACCUCCAGGCACAGUUGAGACAAACUUGCAGGUGCAAUAUAGCAGUGUUGUUGGGAGCACCCGAGCUAGAAGUGACUGGCAGAUCUGCCGCUUUACUGCAGCUGUCUUCUUUUAUGAAGUACACAUUGAAAGCUUUAAUGCUAUUUCUUUUGAAGCAAUUUCACAAAUGAAGAAUAGCAUCUCUACAUAAACCUAAAACAAGCCUUUAAUUAACAGCACAAUACAAGCAAACUUCACUUGGAAGAUUUAAAUGUUUUUUAAUCUAUAUAAAUCUAUAUAAUCCCUCUUUUUAAAGGGUAUAAUUAACUAAAUCAAGAGUUAAAUCUGCUGUGUAAAUUAAGAGUUACUGUCCUAUACAGCCCUAACUUUUUUGUUGUCAGGACAACACUCCCUGCAAUUAACAAAUAAUUUCAGGUUUUUACAAAAAAUUUUGCUUUGAGAGAUUAAUGAAUAUUUGUUGAUUGCACACAAAAGAAUGUCUUGCCAAACUGAGAUAUUGAAGAUGAUGUUAUAGUAAAAUUUAAGCUGUAUCUUAUGGUCUGCCACAGUCGGGACUAUUAUAAGGCCUUAGAAGAGUUUUAAUCAUUUCACUGAUUUGCAUAUUGAUGGUGGCCACAGUAAUGUUAUCCCUAAAAUGCAGAUGAGAGGUCUUAACAGCAAAGACAAGUGAGGUACUUGGAUUGAUUGCACUUAAGCAGGCAAGCUUUUUUGACUGGAAGCUGUAUCUGACAGGAAAGACUCUUUCAUAGAGUAAAGGCUUAUUUAGGGGGGUUGAUGAUGGUAAGCAGCCUAAUCGUAAUUGUUUUCAAGUUAACUGUACACUUAAUACACUUUAUUAAAUAUACAUUCAGGAUGAGGGAAGGCCAGAGCAACUUCUGCCUUGUUUUGUAAACAUUCAAUGUCCCUCUUGUAGCCAAGCACAACAUAUUGUAUGUAGACUCGGACAGAACAUGAAGAACUGUGAUGAGCAUAAACUGUGUGAAUUUGUCUGAUUCAGACACACAUUUUGAGUUGCACAGCUGGCUUGGAAAUCGCAACAACUUUUAGUCAGAUCAUAGACCGUUUUCCGUGCGUUGUACAGGGGAAUCCAAUGGCAGACCAUGACCCAACUGCAGCUGCUCCCAACUGGUUGGAUGGGUUUCUGGCAUGUUUGAUAUUUUGGUUGUAUGACUCCAGACAACUUCCACUGUGAGAGCAGAACCACGAGCAGGAUAACCAACUCUGAAGUUUUUUAUUCCCUUGUGAACUAUCAGGCAGCUUCUUUAAUCAUGAUGGCAACAGCAACAAUGGCUCUCCUUUUCCCCUCCUACCACAACACCACAAUAAAAUAAACAAAAUAACAAGCAGGAAAGAUCCCUGACCCCCAGCUGACAUGGGUGGUGUUUGUGUGUGAUUGAGGGUGAGAGAGAGAGGAUAUGACAAGAUACGACUUCAACCUCAGUGUAUACUUUAAACGUUUUUAAAGGAACUGCAUAGAUUUUUGUCACAGUCCUUCCCCGACUUUACUCGUACUCUGUGAGCACUCAGUUUGUGCACAACCAUCAGACCUUGCAGUGUGAGCACAUAAAUUGUGUGUGACAGUCAUGCAUCAUAAACGUCAGUUAGUUGACAUUUCUUCAUGACUGUUAUAGAGUCGCCUUGAAAUCGCACAGUGUAUGCCCACUUUAGAUUAAAAUUAAUAAUCUAGAAGAGUUGAGAUGUCUGUCUUGAUGGUAAGUCUUUAAACAAUACAUAAGGCUUUUGCAUACAUGCAAUCCUGAAAAUUUGUAGAAAAUUUGAGGACAGGUGGUACCUUAAAGAAUAACUGAACCCCAGAGUUUCAGCUCAGGUGCAUCUACCAUAUAAUUUUAAAAAGCUGUGUGGUGACAAUAUGACACCUCCACCCACUCCUUCGUGCUGUCCCCAGCAGCCACAACUAGGGAUGCACAAUAUUACUGGCUAGAUAUCCAUAUUGGCGGACAUUAUCUUAAGACUGUGAUUAUUGGCACUGGCAAAUAUGAAGUUUUCUGCUAAAUGGCUGUUAAUAUUGGCCUAUAUCAACAGUAAAUAUUGGUAGUAUACGUAAAUAAGUAUAAGUCUUUCUCUUUGUCUCUUAAACUUUGUAGCGUGCUAUGAAAACAUAAGUUUAGGUCUGAAAUACAAAUUUGAAUAUCAUUAUCAGCUAAAAUUUUAUUCUGUUAAUACUGGCAUAUUGGAUAAAUGUAUGCUUCUUUUGUUGAAAAGUCAUAACCCUCCAAUGUAGACUCACCACAAGCCACAUGAGUUCAAACAAUGGUCCUGUAGAUGACGCAACCUAAUUUGUUAACCUUGUUGUAAGGACAACGUGCUUUAAAUGUAAUCUUGGGUUAAAGAAUAACAACACCACAUGCAUCACAUGCCCUCCAGAUCAGCAAAUUGAUCAAAAUCAAUAGCAGUAGCAGAGUUUCAACCUGUUGAGAGCAAUCACUACGUAUACUUCUAACACAAAGUAAAGAGUUUAAACACUUUGUCCUCAGAUGUCAAGAUAUGGUUGCUCUUUGAUUAACAGCACAACUAAAUGACCAUAUAAAUACUACAUUUUCACCUGAAUAAAGUGGUCUGAGGUUACAGUUAAGGCAGGGUCAGACAACAGAAUUUUUGUUAUGACAAUUUUUGAAUUGUCUGUUAUGAUGGUCAUUGUGUCUGAUUAGACGAUCAUUCAUUUCUGCUGUGACUGGACCGGCAGAUGUAUCAGACUACAGAGAGAUAUAUAAUCAGUUAUUGUGGUUGAUUUGAUGAUGUUGGAAUGAAGGGGGCGGGGCUAGACUACACCUGAAAGGAUAACUGUAAAAAAAAACAUACUGUACUUACUUUACUGUAUUUGUCUGUCAAAUCAUUAUAAUGAAUGAUGGCUAGCUUGAUGCUAAUGCUAACAGCAGUUACUCAUUUGUUUCAAACAUUUCCUUUUUUUCAAUCAGCCAGGUAUUCCUGAAUAAUGCUUCAAAAAUGCAGGGAUAUUGUUGUCAGAGCUUGAAAAACAUUUCCUCAAUCUCAUUGUUCCAUUUCACAGAAAACCAAAACAAGGAGGAUUACACAAACUGCAAUGCCUACAUUGCACUUGGUUAUAUAUUUGUAACAAAUCUUAAUCUUUUUGCUGUAAACUUAUCUCCAACCACAAGCUGCCUUCCUUCAUUCAUUAUUUCUGUAUAUGGUGUAAAUGCAGAUAGAAACUUAGCCUCUGAUGUAUGAAUAUACCUCUCGGAGAGCCUCUUUUCUUUUUGUUUUAAAAAUUGCUGAUUCUCACAUUUUUUUGUGAAUCCAAACUUGUGGUGACCAAAAAGUACAUGAAGUUAUGGCAAACACUAAUGAUUAUUUGCUACAACUGUUUGAUUAAAAUGUAAAUUCAUGACCAUGUGUAUUUCUUAAGCUCUGUAUCUCAGCUUAUUUCCAGACGCAGGUGAAUAAAUUACCUGAAUAUAAAAAUGAGAGACAUGAUUUCACUGAAGUCAAAUGUAAUGAAAUAAAUGAUAAUUAUUUUGAACUACA